GAGACCCAAGACCAGCACUGAGUUGGUGCAAACCCUCAGCAGUGGCUCGGGCCACAUGGGUGUCGGAUGAGGCCAAGUGUGAGUGGGUUUCCUCUAAGAACCAGCCCAGUCCCUGGCAGGGUGACAGAUGGCACUGGUGCUCCCCAGUCCCCUCAGGUGCAGUAAGUUACCAGAAGGCUUGUAGAACUAGAAAGCUGCCACACUCAGUGUUGUGACUUAGGACAGAUGACAGUCAGCUGCAGGGUGGGCAGUGGGGGGUUCCUGGAAGGCUGGCACAAGUGUCCAAUUUUCUGAGUAGAGUCCAGGUGAUGAUCAGUUGUCCCAGCCAACAGGUGGGACACGUAGUGGGCCAUGCUAGGUGCAACUCAGAAUCCAGGAUUUUCAUGGAAGUUCAGUCUGUGGGUGUGCAGUGCCCACGUUGUUUAGUUCUCACGCUCUCCAACUUUUCUGACACCAGGGACAGGCUUUGUGAAGACAGCUUUCCUGUAGACAAGAAGUAUGGGAAUUGAUUCAGGGUGAUUCAAGUCCAUUAUACUUUCCGUGCACUUUAUUUCUAUUAUUAUUACCCUAUAAUAUGUAAUGAGAUAAUUAUACAGCACACCAUAAUGGAGAAUCACUGGGAGCCCUGAGGUUGGUUUCCUCCAACUCGAUGGUCCAAUCCGCAUGAAGAGAGACAGUGACACCUGCAGCGUAUUGGUCCAGCUGAUUCCAUGGUCUCCUUUUGGUUGCUGUCACUUCAGAAGUCCCUGCUUCCCUCGGGAUGCAUGAAAUGGAAGGAGGCUUUAAAUGCUUUGAGGGAAGUCUCAGGAUAUUUAGCCUAAACCAGAAUCUCUGGAGAUUUGAGGUCAUCUCAAAGAUACUUUUAAGGCAAAUGUCAUUUGUGAUCUCAUGCACUGACCUUCUUCUAGCAUGGACAAAGUCAGUUUAUCCUGCUCAUACACAAAUGGGCACAAAGCUGUAUCUUUCCCGGUCAGAGGUCUUUUGUGGUUGGGAAGUAAUGCACAAACUCUUUUGAAAGGUAAGAUAGGCAACUGUUGUAUCCAUGAGUUACAAGGAGAACAAUUACAUACCGGACAUAAAAUUUAUAAUAUUACUUUAUGGUCACCCAGUGUUAAAUAUAAGACCUAGAAAAUACAGUCAAGGGCCUGGAUCCCACAGUAAUGUCCUUUAUGAGGCCAGCUGAAGACCUGGAGCCCAUGACAAUGCCUCCCACUAGUCCAACUGGAGGCCUUGAACCCAGGACAAUGACUCAUGCAAGUCUCUUUUAUGAAGCUGUGUUGGGAAGGCCCAAAGGUCAGUGGUGGAAACUAGAAAGUCUAUGCCAACAGGAUGAAGGAUCUGUGCCAGUAUGUGGAGUGUUCUACACUGGAACCAGGAAGUAUGACACUCAAGGGCCAGGCCUCCCCUGAAAAGUACCACAGCCAUCCUCAGUGACAAUGAGGUUGUAAACUCCUCCAACGAUGACAGUCAAGCACAUGUCAGGAAGCCAGCAUGACAACGUCUGGAGAUUAAACAGCACACAUCUUCCCCUCCAGAGCCAGGAAGCGAUGCUCAGUGUAUGGGCCAGAGCUCCUCCAAAAUGAAUCGCAGCCACUCUCAGUGACGAGAUCCUGAGCUUCUCUGAUGAGAAUAACUGGAUUCAUAUCGAGGAAGCUAGCCAGGACGAGCUCCUCCAGAAGAAUCAAGGGCUCCAGAAGGCAACACUUAGAGAAACCUUCAAUGCCUCGUUCUUCUCCAUGCCUGUAUUUAUGCUGGCAACUUUCCUUAGGUGGCCCAUCUACACUCAGUGCCAUACUGAUUUAAUUUAGUGAGUGUUAAGUUGACCAUGCAUUUUUAAUUCAUAACUGCAACCAUGCACCAGCUGAGAGAAAGAAGGCCCUGGCUCAGUCUCUUUUACACUCUCUGCUAAUGUCUGAAACAUGUUGAAAUCCCAGCGUUCAUUCAUCACCCCCGUAAUUCCAGUGUGGCUUUCAAUGCAGCUGCUUUAUCUGCUGACUUGAACACAGUUGUUCUCCACUGAAGUGACAGAUUGGAGUUUGUCCAGCAGGUUGAAUAUGUCACACAAGGAAGUUUUAUAACUCAUUCUUUGUCACUGAAAUGUGCUUUCAGUAUCAACUGAUUUUUUCUAAAAGAAACCUCAGGAGUCACUCAAAAACUCUGGCUGGUGAUCUGCCUUUAGAUAACCAUCUCACUUCUGUGUGUAAGAAAAGACAUCAUCUGUGCACUGGGUCUAGCUCCUCACAGAGCUGCACAAACAGGUGCGUUAAGGACAUGUGCUUUAAUGUGGUUGCUCAUUUUAGCCACAGUGUGUUAAGCUAGGUGACGUUUCUCAGCUCGCCAGUGUCUCUGUGGCUGGCACAGUACAUGCCCCCACACUCGAAAGCAACCUCUUUGAUCCAUAUGGUAAAACCUGAAAGCUGUCAGGUCCAGGCAGCUGCUCCACCCAUGACUAUUCUGACACAAAAUGACCAGUUCUGUUUUGUGAUAUAUCAUCAUCAUUCAAAGAGUGGCAGAGUUCUACAGGUAAAGAAUAGGUUGGCAACAAAAAUUCACAUAAUGUAUCCUCUUGCACAUCCCCCUGAAAAAUAAACUAGGAAAACAACAACAUCGUCGCCUUGUUGUCAACAUCGGUAAACUUAUGGAGCUGGGUUUUGUACUAUCAGUAGCAACAGUGCCUGAAUAUUGCUGUGCUGUGACAUCAGUGCACCUUUUUACGAUGCUGGCUGGGAGCAGCAGGAGGGCAGCUCUUCACCAACAGUGAAGGGAUUCUUAGCUUCAAUGACACAGUAGCCACUGGGGAUGAUGCUCGCAGUGCAGACAUGUUUCAUGAAGUGAAGAUCUUCCAUACUUGCCUAGAUUCUUUGUAUUUAUUUAUUGUUUCUUUUGCAAAACUCCAAGUGCUGAUUUUUAAUGCAAGAUGCUUGAUCUCUGUGACAGGGUUUUGAAAAUUUCAUGGCUUCAUUAGAUAACCAAUGUCUAUAUAUUGUAUGAGGUGGGCUGGAGAAUGAGUCAUCUGUUGCAAUGAACUUGUAGUUUAAUUGGAGGCUUUUGGCGGGGGAGAUUCAACUUGCUUUUUGUGAGAACCUGAAAGGCAGCGCUGAAGGGAGGCGCCCUGCAGCGCCAUGUUGACUCGCACAAGGGAAGAACCCUUCAGCAAUAAGGCUUUGAGACCCUCCUGGUGUGUGUCCAAGGCUCCUGGCAUCCUCGCACAUGAGAAGGUUUCCAACGCCGGCUGCACAGUGACCACAGCAAUGAGCCUGAGGCAGAUGCAGUUGUGAAGAAUGGGGGCAUCUCUGUCCCAGGAUUUGGGUAGCACCUGUUUGUGGAAGGAGGGGACACUGGGAAACGUGCUCGAACUUUAAUAGGAAGUUGUUUUCAGUGGAGAAGUCUCCAGCUGCCCAAGCAGCCAGUCCUGUCUGAAAAGGGACAUUUGAAGGCACGAGAGGCCUCUCAAGACCCCUCACCUGAGCAGUGCUAUCAGGGGACAGCGCACUUCUGGGGACUAACUGGCCCAGCAGGCUGCACACUUGAGCCAUGCGCAUCAGAAGUCACAGGGCACAGUGUGGCUCCGCAGUACAACACAAAUACGUUCUGCAGGGUCUCAAAAGGCCAUGCCCACCACUGCCUCUCCAAGUGAUCACAGGUGACAUGCCUGCUUCCAAAAUGUGAAAAUUAUGUAAAAUUUCACCGCCUUGAUUGUUUAUUCAGAGGACUGGCUAACCAUGGAAAGCACAGGCAGCGCUGGAAUCCUUCUUACCUGCUCUCCUCCUUUGCAUCCGCCUGCCCAGCUCAGCAGAAGCCCUGACAGGCUGCAGCCUGCAGUGCCCGUCAGCCCCACGGCCCCCCAGGAGGAUCCCCAAGGUCCCCAGAAGGAGCACGAGACAUGGUGUAGGUAUGGCUAAACUGGGUCAGGCUGGGGGCAGGUGACAUCUGGGCUCACUGAUUCCUGUCAGUGGAUCUCCAGGGUGGGCCCCUCUUUCAACAGCUCAGGGUAGAUAACAUCUGUAGCCAAGGAUGAUGCUGACUGGUGUAAACAGCUUACAUAACCAAGGCUAUUACUGGCACGUGGCCAUGGAGGUGAAUCUGGUAUAAAUGGAGACUAAGCGGCCAAGGACUGCUGGGAGUGUACAGUGGGGAGGGCUGCAGAGCGGCUAACCAGGUGGACUCUGGCUGAGCAGCUGAGUAAAAGGUGUUUCACCCAGUCCACAGCUCUGCAGCUCUUCUUCAGGCUGCUCGAACCUCAGGUGACUUGCCUGGUCUGCACUGGUGAAAGACAGGGUUUCCGUGUUCUAUUCUGGUGGCACUGGACACUGGGUAUUGAACCCAGGGGCCUUAGCAGUGUGCUGCAUCCACAGCCUUUUUUAUUUCUUACAGCUUACUAGGUUGCUCAGGCCUCUUAACUGGCUCCUCCUGCCUCAGCCUCCCAGAGUGCUGAGAUCACAUGACUGAGCCAUCAUGCCCAGUCUUGUCACAUUAAUUGGAAGUACUGAGUCUUUCGUGACAGCAUCCACAGGCCUCACCAAUUAUUUUCCCCCAGGAUGUAGGUGAUGCCUGUUUGGGGGAGGGGCAGGUAUGUUUUACCAAAACAAUGAAUUCCAGGAGCAGCUGUACUGGUCAUUUCUAGAAUAUCACGUCCAAAGAGUGCAGCGUUGUAUCUGAGAGCACAGAGCUCAGAUGAGGACCACGAUGCUACCCUGGAAUUUUAACCUCAGUGCCCGCUAUUUCCUCUGUCCUGGGAACACAGAGCCACCUGCUGUGGCUUACUUUUCUUGCUGCAAGAGGCAUCAGUGAAUUGAAGCACAGGGCUAUGACCAGCAGUGCCUGCACCGAAGGGCUGGCCCGGAAGACUUAUUAAUGUACAUGUGUCUGGUGGCUGCCCCACCCUGACCACAGGAUCCUGGCAUGAGCAGGACACUGCCUGAAUUGCAGACACGCCUGUGACUUCAUACCCAUGUGAGGAUGACUUCUGGAGGACAGCUUGACACCCCAAAACACACACACGUUAAAUGAAGGCAGUCCUGCCCUGUGCCAAACACCUGGACCUUCCUGCCAGCCCUGCCGUGAGUCUCUGAUGUUCUUGGGUAGGAAGUCGAUGCCAGCUGGGUGGGCACACUUGGCUGAGGCCGUGAGGGAGGCACAGGCUGGAUCUGAGAAGUGCCAGGCGUAAGUGGUGUGGCAGAUUGAUACUGGUGUCAGCUUGUGUCACCAGCUGAACUGAAUCAGCGUGGUCGGCCCACUUGAUUGCUGCCAAAUAAAGGGAGAACUGGAGCGGGAGAGGAGCGCCACCGGUUCUCCACGGGGUUGGUUCUCCAGUUGCUGUGGGCUCUCCUGGAGGAGCUUGUGAAGCUCCUUUUCUGGUAGGAACUCAGCUGUUGUCAUUAUUGGAGGAGCUCGGGACCUGUUAUCACUGAGGAUGACUGUGCUACUUGUCAGAGGAGCUCUGGUUCUUACUUUAAGUGUCGCUUCGCUUCGUGGCUCCAGUGCAGAACCUCCAAACUACUGGCACAGAUCCUUCACUCCGCUGGCACAGACUUUAUGGCUUCCACCACUGACCUUUGGGGUCCCCCAGCACAGAUCCGUAAAAGAGAUUUACAUGAGUCAUUGUCAUGGGUGCUAGGUCUUCAGCUUGUGUUAUGGAUUAAAAACUGAUGGUCAGUUUAACAGCAGCUGGAUUACAUCAGCAUGGUGCUGAGCAUAGAUGUCCCACCUGAGGAAAGUUGCCAGCAUAGAGAUGUGGAAAAGGAAAAGCUAGGCAUUAAGGUGCAUUGAGGCACUGAGGCAUUGUGGGUUCUCCUAUGUGUUGCUGUUUGAGCCAUUGGUUCUCCUGGAGAAGCUCUGGUCCUCACAUCGAGCAUUGCUUCCUGGCUCAGGAGGGGAAGACGUGUCGAUUGGUCUUCAGGAUGAAUUUGUCACACUGGCUUCCUGGCAUGUACCUGACUGUGCUUAUCAUUGGAGGAGCUCGGGGCCUCUGUGUUGCUGAGGACAACGGUGGUGCUUUUCAAGACAACCCUGAUCUUGUGAGUGUGACUGCUCAGCUCCAGUGUAGAAUCCUCACCCUACCAGCACAGCUCCUUCACCCACUGGCAGAGACUUUCUAGCUUCCACCACUGACCUUUGGGCCUUCCUGGCAUGGAUCCAUAAAAGAGACUGACAGGAGUUGUUCUUGUGGGUUCUGGACCUCCAGUUGGACUCAGGGGAGGCAUUGUCAUGAGCUCUGGGUCUUCAUCUGGACUCCUAUGGGACAUUGCUGUGGGAUUCAGGCCCUUGGCUGAAUAUUCUGUCUUUAGUGUUGCAGAUAGAUUUUCUGCAUUUCUUUGUGUUAACUCUGGGUGACCAUCAUAAAAAUAAUAUUAUAAACUCCAUGUCCUGAUUCUAAUUGUUCUCUGCACAACCGCUGACUACAAUAGCUGGAUGCAUGCACAACAUUGCUGUUGGAUCCAGGCCUUGGGCUGGAUUCCUUGGGUCUUGGUGUGUGGGCAGAUUUCCUGCAUUUCUUGUACUCACUCUUUGGGUGACUGUCAUAAAUAAUACUAUAAAUUAUGUGUCCUUUAUUGUCUUGUUCUCGUUGUAAUCCCUGACUACAAUAAUGGGCCUUGGCCUUCUGGUGAGCUGAGUGGCCUCGAACCUGGUCGCCAGAUCUGCAGAUCCCACACUGCAUCUGUCUGCAUCCUGCUGCCUCUCACACAUGCAACAGGAUGGUUCAGUGGUGCCUCAGUCCCCAGCCAGGCCAUCUUGACCUACAGUGGCUCUCAAUCGGCCAGCAAAGUCCUCCCUGAAGUCCCCAAGGAAGUCCUGCUGCAGCCUGAGGCACUGUCCCCAGGGCUGUCAAAGCUUUUCUACCUUGGCAUGUCAGUUCUCUCACAUCUCUGUACCCACUCUAGACAUGCACUUGGAGCAGGCAUGCAUGUGUCUCUUUCCCAUGGUGCCUCAGGGUCACCUCAGUAUAACACAAUGAGUGUGAUCAUCCCCUGGUCUCCUGCCAGGUAUCUGCUCCCCUCCCCUUGGUAUCGCGUGCAGAGACGAGAAGGGCAGAGACUUCGGCCCCCAGCCUUUGCUCCCUCCAGCACCCUGUGGCUGCAUGGUCAACAGAGCGGUUGGUUCCUGCCAGAGGACAAAGGGCAGCCUCAGCUUUUUUGAGUAUAGGCGGUCUGCUGCACAUCUAAGUGGUGGAGUGUGUCUCCUGGUCCUGGGGAAGUGAGUGGUGACAGGAUCUGUGUGUCCAGAGGGGUCUGUGUUGGGAAUUAACACAAACCAUGGGGCGGCUGACUGGGGAUGCACUGUACUCUGUGGCCAUGGCUCUGGCUGCUUCCUGCUCCUGGUGGACCUGAUGCACCCGUGCCAGUGCUGGGCUGCUCCCUACCCACCAGGCCCCAUGCCAGUGCCAGGGCUGGGCAACCCGCUGCAGGUGGACUUUGAGAACCUGGCAUACUCCUGCCACAGGGUGAGGGAGGUGGAGGCAGCACUGACAGAGGUAAUGGUGACCCCCAUCUCCGGACAAUGGGUGGUAGGAAAAACCGUGGGCUGGACAGGGACCUGGGACCCUAAGAGGAAGCAGUGGGCCAAGGUUCCUAGAGGAGGGGACUACAAGGUCUAGGGACCCUUUGGAUUCUCUAAGGACAGGAGUGGAGUGGACAGUCAGUGGACCUGGGAGUGAGUGUGUAGGGCACAAUUUGUUUAAGCCCCAAGUUUCUCCUGCUGACAUCAGACGGAAAGGUGCUUGGAUAGCGGAGUGGGGCCAGGCCCCUGAGCUGCCCUCAGGCAGGAAGGUAAGGCUCAGAGGUAGCCACUGACCUGCUUCAUGGUAUUUACUCAGUGGGGUCUUGGGCCUCUCUGCUCAUUCCACUACCUUGAUUUCCUCGUCUGUAACCUGGGAGGCUGAUGAGGCCAAAUACAGUGUCCUGAUUCCAUCCAGGUCAUAGCUGGGGGUGGGGGUCAGAUCUGUCUCUAAAGUGAUUGCUCUGAACAUCAGAGGAUGUGACCCCUAGCAUUGGGACCCGAUAUCCUGGGGCUUAGUGGGACCUGGGUUCCUGUGUGGGACCAGGCGUUCCACCCACACUGCUAAAAGGCAAAAGGCACAUGGUGGUCCUUGUUUUAUGUGAUCUUGGGGCUGCCAGCGUGACAAGUACCCUGACCUCCACAUAUAGCUUUGAAGUCGCUUUGGGGACAUGUUCAGCCUGCAGUUUGCCUGGACUCCAGUGGUCGUGGUCAAUGGACUUGCAGCCGUGCGAUGUGGCCCUGGCACCCUAUGGACCCGCCUGGCGUGAGCUGUGGCGCUUCUCCGUGUCCACCCUGCGCAACUUCAGCCUGGGGAAGAAGUCGCUGGAGCAGUGGGUGACCGAGGAGGCCGCCUGCCUGUGUGCCGCCUUUGCCUCCCAGGACGGACGCCCUUUUCUCCCCAACACCCUGCUGAGCAAAGCCGUGUGCAACGUGAUUGCCUCUCUCAUCUAUGCCCGCCGCUUUGAGUAUGAGGACCCAGGCUUCAUGAGGAUGAUGGACCUGCUGGAGGACUCUUUGAAGGAGGACUCUGGCUUGGUUCCCCAGGUGCUGAACGCAGUCCCCAUGCUCCUGUGCAUCCCUGGGGUGUCUGAGAAGGCCUUGCCUGCACAGAAAGCCUUCUUGGAUCUGUUGGAUGAGCUGUUGACAGAGCACAGGACAACUCGGGACCCAGCACAGCCACCCUGAGACCUGACUGAUGCCUUGCUGCAUGAGUUGGAGAAGGCCCAGAAAACCCUGAGAGCAGCUUCAAUGAUGAGAACGUGCGCCUGGUUGUGUCUGACCUGCUCAUGGCAAGGAUGGUGACCACUUCGACCACGCUGGCCUGGGCCCUGCUGCUCAUGAUCCUGCACCCGGAUGAGCAGCGUGAGCCCAGCAGAGGCUGGGGGAGAAUGCGGAAGGAAGAGUAGUGCAGGGUCCUCAGGAGUAACUGAAGGCCACUCUUGGCUCCAAGAAAAGGCUUCCCAG